GCAGCCGAGCAAGAUGCAGGUGUGACACGCCCCGCCGCCGCCCCACUCCACGCCGCCGCCUCUCCUUCGCCACGAGCGCGCGCCCCGACGCGGCCGCCCCGACCACCUCCUCCGGUCGUCGCCCCGAGCUCGCGCCGCCGCGUCUGCCUCCCUCCCUCCUUCCUCCCAAACCCCCCUCUCUCCGUCCGCCGCACGGAGAAGGACGAGCCAUGCAGGCCGCCGCAGCGCGCGCGCGCCGCCUCCUCGCUUCACCGGCGGCCUCCGGGAUCCAGGGGCUUCUCUCCGCCUCUCACCGCGGGUGCGCAGCAGGCGCCGAGCUUGUUCUCCUGCCUCAUCUCGAGAAUGGCUUCCCCGCCUCGCGCUCCUCUCCGGAUCACACGAGGAGCUUCUCCUCCCACAUACCCCGUACUUUGCUAUCGCAAACCGUAAUUUCUCAAUGUCGGUGUAAGAAAUCAAUGUGCUAUCACAUGACAAGAGCUCAUUUAUCGACAGACUCAAGUGGAAUCGACCAACCUAAAGAAUCUGCAGAGGAGCUGUACCAGAAAAUGCUGAAGUCUGUUGAAGCCCAGACUAUGCCGCCAAAUGCCUGGUUGUGGUCUAUGAUCAGUAGUUGCUCCAGUGAGGAGGAUAUUAAACUUCUCUUUCAGAUUUUGCAGAAGCUAAGAAUAUUCAGGCUAUCAAAUCUUCGCAUCAAUGCAAACUUCAACGACCAUCUCUGUAUGAAAGUUUCUGAGGCUUGUGCUCGUGUGGGUGUCCUUGACUACGGGUUGAAGGUUUUAUGGAAUCAUAAUGUUUAUGGAAUAACGCCAACCAUUGGUUCUGCCCAUUAUCUACUGCAACAUGCUAAAGAGCACAAUGAUACUAAGCUAAUGGAGAAGAUAAUGCAAGUCCUUAGGAGGAAUUCGUUGCCAUUACAGCCAGGCACUGCUGAUAUUGUCUUCGGUAUCUGCUAUAACACUGAUAGAUGGGAUUUACUCUCAAAAUAUGCGGCAAGAUUUGUUCAGGCUGGAGUCAAGUUGCGUCGUACUGCAUUUGAUGUAUGGAUGGAAUUUGCUGCCAAAGUUGGAGACUCUCAAUCUAUAUGGAACAUCAAUAGCCUGAGAGGCAAGUCUAUCAAACACUAUACUCUUACAUCAGGUUUUGCAUGCGUAAAGGGGUCUCUGCUUGAACGCAAGCCGGAAAAUGCCGCUGCCACCAUAAAACUUCUUUACAAGCACCUGCCUGAUCAGAAGAAACCAUUUGUGAAAGAUGAACUCCAAAAGCUUGUUGCCGAAUGGCCAACUGAGGUGAUCAAGAGGCAGAAGAAAGAUGACAGGAAGGCAAUGGAGGAAGCUUUGAUCGAGGACAUCCCGAAGAUGAUCACCUCAAUGGUCAAUUCAGGCCUUGAUAUUUCCGUGGAUCUCGACAAGCUCACCCGUCAGCCUGAAGCAGCGUAGAGAAGGAACACCACUGCUGGACACCUGGAUGCUGCAGCUGCAGAUCCUGCAGCACACCUGAUACCCGAGGGGAACAUUUUUGGCUGGGUGGGAUGGGAUAAUUGGUGUGACACGGUAGGGCUAGAACCGAUAAUAACGUGUACACAUUGUUGUUUGGUGCACUGGAUGAAGGCAGUGAAUGGUCGAAGCCAAUGCUGCUAAUUCACUGAAUCCGAGGAUGGGAAAUGCUGCACAAAAUAUUGAGCGUAGCAUUGUUUGGAAUUCACUUUCAUUAGAAAUUCAUGUUCCGAAUGAUAAGUAAUUUUGUGAGCUGCUAGUAGUCAAGCAUAAUGUUAAAAUCGUC